AUGGACUGGAUACCAUAUGAACCGGACCUUGAGUUUGGGACAGAAUUUGAGCUGAAGCACAUGAACUGGCAAGUUGAGAAGUCCACUCUGGAGCUUGCUCGAUGUGUGGUUGGCCUUGAAUGUUUUACAGGAGACACGGAGAUUUUCUCUUGCUCUGGCACAAUAGUUGAGUAUGAGGAUGAUACUGCUUAUGUAGUUACAUCUGCAAGUUUGAUAACAUGUCCAGACAAAGACGAGCAAGUUGAUAAACCUAAGAUCAAUGUAUGGUUAGCAGGUGGUCAAAAACUUGAGGGCUUUGUGUCAAAUGUGGACUUCUAUUACAACAUAUGCAUGAUCAAGGUUGCUUCAGGAAAGCUUAUUCCAAGGAAAAGCAGGUUUGAUUGUGAAGAGCUAUUAGUUUCAUCUUGCAAGAUUUCACAGAAAGGUGUUGGUGGUCCUCUGAUGGAUUUUGAUGGAAAUGUAAUUGGAAUGAACUUAUAUGACAAGAAAGGAACUCCUUUCCUUCCAGGUUUCAUUGUGUUGAAGUGUUUUCAGCACUUUGCUAACUUUGGGAAGGUGAUAAGACCUUUGCAUGGACUGCAAGUUGAAUCUCUUUAUGAAGCAGAUCUUAGCGUACUUGAACAGAUAGUAAAGGGUGGGGUCCCUGCUAGGUGUGGUGUAAUUGUGGUGAAGGUACAAGAAUCUUCCACGGAACUUUCUUCUGAGAUAAAGGUUGGGGAAAUAAUCACUCAUGUUGGUGUGCCUUUCUCCAAUGCUGCAGAGUUGGGCAGCAUACUUCUGGACAUGUGCGGUAAGCUUUGGCUGGACCGACAGAAAUUGAACGUUUCAGAUGACUUGAACGAGAUGGCAGCAGUGAUGAGCCUUAAGUUUCUUGUGAGAACAUAUAGUGGUUGUAAACCUGAAGUCACAACUCGAACAAUCAACGUCAACAAGUUUACCCCCAGCAGACUUAACAGGUGGCCACUUCCCAGGCCAAUUAUUGUCCGGCAACUUGCAAAUGGUAAAGUCGUCGACGAAGAGUGGUACAUGACUCGUGAAGACUGA